CAGCAGGAAAGUGCCGGGCCCCGCGCAACAGAAGGCAGAGGUGAAGGACACGGUGCUGGCCUCAGUCUGGUGGUCUGCAGCCACCGUGCGGGACCUGUGGUGCUGUCACCAGAUGGAAAUGCCCCGCUGCUGCCUGCUUAGGCCCACCACCAACACCCCGAGAGCUGCGUGGAGCCCAGCCUUCAGGGGUCCUGCCGGGAGAGGACAGCAAGGUGACCAUCACAUGCCCGCUGUUGCCUCACACUGAGACACCCACCAGCACCACCAACACUGACAACAGGGCUGUGGCCGGUUGCACUGCAGGGCUUCUUCUCCAGCAAAGGUCUCCGGUUAUGCAGUGAAGACCUGCAGCUCAGACUCACCUCUUUUCCUGGCUGUGAAAGGUUAUAACUGAAUAGCCCUUAUGACCAACAUGAGCUGGAGCUUUCUAACUCGCCUGCUAGAAGAGAUUCACAAUCACUCCACCUUUGUGGGGAAGGUCUGGCUCACCGUGCUCAUCGUCUUCCGCAUUGUCCUGACAGCGGUGGGAGGGGAGUCCAUCUACUCUGAUGAGCAGAGCAAGUUCACCUGUAACACCAAACAACCUGGCUGUGACAAUGUCUGUUAUGAUGCCUUCGCGCCGCUGUCACACGUCAGGUUCUGGGUCUUCCAGAUCAUCAUGAUAUCCACCCCUUCGGUCAUGUACCUGGGCUAUGCCAUCCACAGGAUCGCACGGUCGGCGGAGGAGGAGAAGAAGUUCAAGGGAUUCAAGAAGAAGAAGCAGUUUGCUUUGAACUGGCAGGCAGUGCGCAACAUGGAGGAGGCGAUGGAGGCUGAUGAAGAUGAGCCCAUGAUCUCUGAUGACACAGCAGAACGUGAGAAAGCCAAAGCCAAGCCCAAGAGCAAAGAGCAGCAAAAGCAUGAUGGGAGGAGGCGUAUCCAAGAAGAAGGACUGAUGAAAAUCUAUGUCUUUCAGCUACUUACCAGAGCUUCAUUUGAAGUUUGUUUUUUGAUAGGGCAGUAUUUACUCUAUGGCUUUGAGGUAGAAGCCUAUUAUGUUUGCAACAGAGUCCCUUGCCCUCACACUGUUGACUGCUUUGUGUCUCGGCCAACAGAGAAGACCAUCUUUCUCCUGGUGAUGUACGUGGUGAGCUGCCUGUGCUUAUUGCUGAACAUGUGUGAGAUGUUUCACUUGGGGUUUGGGACCAUCCGAGAUGCCAUUCGCAACCGGAAAAUCAACAGCUUCAGGCAACCCCCGUACAAUUAUGCCUACCCAAAGAACAUCUCCUGCCCUCCUGAGUACAACCUGGUAGUGAAAUCAGAGAAGUCCACCAAGAUCCCCAACAGCCUGAUGGCUCAUGAGCAGAACUUGGCUAACGUUGCUCAGGAGCAGCAGUGCACCAGCCCAGAUGAGAACCUCCCGGCAGACUUGUCCACCCUUCACAAACACUUACGAGUGGCCCAGGAGCAGUUAGACAUAGCAUUUCAGAGCUACAGCAGCACCCAGGGCAACACACAACCUUCUCGAACCAGCAGUCCUGCCUCGGGUGGCACAGUGAUAGAGCAGAACAGGGCCAACAUCGCUCAAGAGAAACAAGGUGCUAAACCCAAGGCCAGCUUGGAGAAAGGAAGCUCAAGCAGUAAAGAUGGAAAGACAUCAGUCUGGAUAUAGCUUUGUCUAAAAAGAGAGAGGGCAGUGUAAGUGGGAGCUUUAUUUUGGUUUGUUUCUGUUUUUUGGUUACUGCAUUCAUUUCACAGGGCACAGGCGCAAUUUUUAUAUGAGAGUUAAGAGAGAAAAGGAGUUUCAGACCAAUUUAGUGCUGUCUUCCAGUGUGUUAACAAAAGACAUUUCUUCCCUUUUUCCAACACGUUCUCCAGCUGGCAACUUCCAGUGAGCAAACAGCAACC